CCCCCCACUGUCCCUCGUCCCAGCCCCGGGACGUAGCCGAGCCCGGCGGGCAACCCCAGCCCCAGCCGCGGCCGCCCUGGGGACGCAGACGCCAAGGCCCCUCCGGCCAGGGCCGGGAGCCGGGCCGGCCUAGCCAGUUCUGACAGCCCCAUGGCCCCAGCAGGCCUCUGAGCCCCACCAUGGGCAGCUUGUACUCGGAGUACCUGAACCCCAACAAGGAAAAAAAAAAAAAAAAAAAAACCAAAGAGACGCUGGACACGCAGGAGACGACCUCCCGCCAAAAAAAAAAAAAAAAAAAAAUCAUCCUCUGUUGCGCCAUCGUGGUGGAAAACCUUCUGGUACUCAUUGCAGUGGCUCGAAACAGCAAGUUCCACUCGGCAAUGUACCUGUUUCUGGGUAACCAAAAAAAAAAAAAAAAAAAAGCAGGUGUGGCCUUCGUAGCCAAUACCUUGCUCUCCGGCUCAAAAAAAAAAAAAAAAAAAACCGUGCAGUGGUUUGCCCGGGAGGGCUCUGCCUUCAUCACGCUCUCCGCCUCUGUCUUCAGCCUCCUGGCCAUCGCCAUCGAGCGCCACGUGGCCAUUGCCAAGGUCAAGCUGUACGGCAGCGACAAGAGCUGCCGCAUGCUCCUGCUCAUCGGGGCCUCGUGAAAAAAAAAAAAAAAAAAAAGUGGCCUGCCCAUCCUUGGCUGGAACUGCCUGGGCCACCUUAAAAAAAAAAAAAAAAAAAAGCCUCUCUACGCGAAGCAUUAUGUGCUGUGCGUGGUGACCAUCUUCUCCAUCAUCCUGUUGGCCAUCGUGGCGCUGUACGUGCGCAUCUACUGCGUGGUCCGCUCAAGCCACGCUGACGUGGCUGGCCCGCAGACCCUAGCCCUGCUCAAGACAGUCACCAUCGUGCUAGGUGUCUUUAUCGUCUGCUGGCUGCCCGCCUUCAGCAUCCUCCUUCUGGACUAUGAAAAAAAAAAAAAAAAAAAACCGAUCCUCUACAAAGCCCACUACUUUUUCGCCUUCGCCACAAAAAAAAAAAAAAAAAAAACUGUCAUCUACACGUGGCGCAGCCGGGACCUGCGUCGGGAGAAAAAAAAAAAAAAAAAAAACUGGCGGCCGGGGGUGGGGGUGCAAGGACGGAGGCGGGACGGGACCCCGGGCCACCACCUCCUGCCACUCCGCAGCUCCAGCUCCCUGGAGAGGGGCAUGUCUUACCACCGCCACCAGGCCUUGGGGAAGCCGCAGCGCAGCUGCAGCCAACAGGCCAGCCAGACCCCCACCCGUGCUGCCCCACAGCCCCUGCAGAUGGGGCCCUGCGCCUACAAGAUCAGGCAGUUCCUGGACUGUCCGACCACUGAGAAUGACCUGUCCAUGUGUGAGGGCUUCACUGAGGCCCCGAAGCAGUGCAAGUACAACCAUGGUCUGAGCUCCCUGCCCUGA